AUUCUGUCUCAACUCCUACAUAGAGAGUAAACAACUAACUUCCAUGACCUCUCCUGAUUGAUGAGGCGACCUAAGUCUAAGACAGGAUACAGGAGCAACAUAUUAUUUUAAAAUAUAAGCCUUUGUAAGCGGAAUAGAAAGACGCUUCAUCAUGCAACAACCACCCCCUCCCCCACAGCAGAGGAAGAGGAAGGCUGGUCAUGACCCUACCACUUCAAAAGGUUUAGGUGAUAUGAGUGAUGAUGGUGAUGGAGAGGAUGAUGAUUCUACCUCAGCCAAGCUCUCAAGGACGGACGAUGACAAACCUGACAAGGGACACUUUGCUCGAGAAAAUCAUAGUGAGAUUGAGCGACGGAGAAGGAAUAAGAUGACGGCUUAUAUCACUGAGCUGUCGGACAUGGUGCCGUCGUGUAGCGCUCUCGCUCGCAAGCCAGAUAAACUGACCAUUCUCCGCAUGGCUGUUUCUCACAUGAAGUCUCUCAGAGGUACCGGGAACACCAGCACAGAAGGUACAUAUAAACCAUCCUUCUUGACAGAUCAAGAGCUUAAGCAUCUUAUUCUAGAGGCUGCUGAUGGAUUCCUCUUUGUAACGUCAUGUGAGAGUGGGAGGAUCAUUUACGUCUCAGACUCCGUCACGCCAGUCCUUAAUCAACCUCAGAAUGAUUGGAUAGGUGGGUCCGUCUAUGACCUUGUUCAUACUGAUGAUGCAGACAAGAUUCGUGAGCAGCUCUCCACCUCAGAACCACAUAACAGUGGGCGGAUCCUAGACCUUAAGACUGGGACAGUGAAGAAAGAAGGUCAUCAGUCUUCAAUGAGGUUCUGCAUGGGCUCAAGGCGAGGGUUCAUCUGCCGCAUGAAGUACGGAAACGCUCAAGUGGAUCCCAUGACGAUGAGCCGCUUCUGCCAUCUGAGGAACAGGAGUAGUCUAGGAUCUCCAAAAGAUACAGAGCAGUAUGCCGUGGUCCACUGUACAGGCUACAUCAAGAACUGGCCACCAUCAGCAGGUUUGGUACCACAGAUGGAGCCUCAGGAAGGAGAUGCUGAGGUUGCGAGUACCAAUCAUUACUGCCUUGUAGCCAUUGGUCGCCUUCAGGUCACCAGUACACCUAACUGUGCUGACCUGGGAGGAGCAGGUACGCCCAAUGAAUUCAUCUCAAGACACAGCAUCGAUGGCAAGUUCACAUUCGUGGAUCAGAGAGUAACUGGAGUGCUUGGUUAUCAACCCCAGGAACUUCUUGGCAAGUCUAGUUUUGAGUUCUAUCAUAAUGAAGAUCAAAGUCAUCUCAAAGACAGCUUUGAACAAGCUGUAAAGUUGAAAGGUCAGAUGUUAUCUCUGAUGUACCGAUUCCAAGCCAAAAGUCGAGACUGGGUGUGGCUUCGAACCAGCUGCUUCAGCUUUCAGAAUCCUUACACCGAUGAAGUGGAGUACAUCGUCUGCACCAAUACAGCUAUCAAAAACAUCCAGCAGCCUCAUGCAGGACAGGAGAUGGACGGCACAGUGAGUACUAAGCUCAAAGCACCCGGUGAACCAGUAGCUACUAUGACAGCAUACGAUGCUUACCCAACCGCUGCAACCGCUCCAACAGAUACCUUGACAGAUCAUCUCCCAGUCCAGGCAGACAAGGCUAGUACCAGCACCAAGGCUGAUACCUCUAUGACAGGGAUACGCAUGGGCCAGGAACCCUCUACCGCUGGGGGGAUGUUUGGAGGGGGCGCGGGACUCCUCCCCACCCAGCCCACCCCUCAGCAGAGCAUCCUAGGGGGUGAUAAAGCAGGGCGGAGUAGCCAUGAGACAGGUGCGUCGGGAUUCUCCUCCGCCUACCACCAGAGGGGGCCGCAGCUGUAUGGGCGGAGUGGGGCGGGGGAGGAGAGUAGCGGUGCUAAGAGUUCCCUGGGAGGGGCGAGUGGCAGUGGGGUGAUGGAAGACUCUGGUAAGGGAUACGGCUCAGGACAGACUAGCUGGUCAGCGUCACAGUAUUCCUCUCAAAUGAAAAAUACCCAGAGUGCUUUGCCAGCGAGCAGCCAGUCAGGAGUGCCCUUCCCCUCUAGGACUAGCGGAGCGAUGACAUCAUCACCGACACCCUCAUACACCCAGCUGCAGUCUGGAGCAGGGCGGGGCUAUGGAUACCAACAAGACAAAACCUUGCAAGGCUCCCAAGCCAGUCAGAUGGCAUACACUGGACGUGGUGAAGACUCCUCCAUGGGACGGAGAGACCACAGCAUGUGGCAGCAACAGCAGCAACAACAGCAGCCACAACAGCAGCAAUGGCAGCAGCAGGCGACCAGCAGUGCCCCUCCAACGGCUGAGAAUCCUAGCGGAGGGGGGCAAGCCCCGCCCGUUCAGGAGGAGUUUACAGCAGAUAUCUACCGGAUGCUGGAGGGUCAACCCACCACCACCGGUGGUUACCCUGUCAAUCAACAGGUGGAAGAGUUUCAAGAUAUCUCCAUGUUCCCUGCCUUCUCAGAGUAGAGCAGACUCUGGCUUCUUGAAUACUAGAAACUCUUAAAGCCAAUCUGUACUAGUUUGGCCAGGAGGGAUUAGAUCACCCUGCGUGGUAACUGGCAGGUGCUUAUCUCAUAAAACAAGCUCUCAAUUAACAUAAGAAAAAGGGGAUCAUGGGGAACCAACGGGUACCGUUUAGGCAUUGUUUGCUAUAUAGAGGGCGCAAGUAGCUACAAGUAGUGCAGCCCCGCUUUCAUGUUAAGUUUAAAUUUUAGUGUACUUGCCUUGCAGCAUCCGAGGGGGAGUGGUUUUUGAGAAGCAGAUCAUUUUUUGCAGGUUUGAAGUAGUAUCAAAGUCGUCCUGGAAAAAUUACCUUGGUAUUUCUCUUUCUGAAGUUCCCCAUACCUGGUAUCCUCUCCAAGUUUUGAACAAACUGGUGAGAACUAUGUUUAGACAUGUGUACUAGGAUGUACCAUUACCAAUGACCUCCCUCCCACACCUAUCCCCCUCCCCACACACUUGUUAUUGAAUAGGACAAAUUACCUUCAAGACUCAUUUCUGUCCAGAUAAUAUAUAUAAAUCAACUUACAACAAUUUAUCCAGCAUUGUAUGGCUUAUCAGUUGAAGAGACUGAAGGAAUCAAAAAAUAAUAUGAAAAUACUCUGCAAGACAGACUUGUGUUCCAUGCACACCCAUUUUUACUUGUUUAGAAAGUGGCAUGUAUAGAACCUGUCUCUAGUAGUAGUAGUGGUGGUUAUUUUACCUGACUGCCAGGAAAGCAUAAAUGCUUGAUAGUAUUAGUAUUACGCGACCACUGCUCUACCAACUGAGCUAUCACGUCUCCUCUUAAUGUCUGAUGUGGGUUCAAAAUUUUAAUUGUAAAAAACUAAUUAGGUUUUGUGACCUUAGCGAUAGUUUGUAAUCGUAGAUUCUAUGGCAUGCUGCUGUUGAACUAAAGUAUACCCUUAAGUAGUUAGGGGUAGAGUUUAAUUUUUGACAUUCCUUUUUUAAUGAGUUUUUUUUUUAGUGAAUACCCCUUUGGUAUUAACAGCACUUCAUAUCAUGGAGUGUUUAGGAAGUUGUGGGUUAUGGGGAGAAAGGGGUUAUAAGCAAAAAAACAUUCUAAAAAGAAUUUUUGAAUAUAUGUAAAUGAUAUUUAACAAGUCAAUAUAAAUGCUGUUGAACUAAAGUAUACCCUUCAGUAGUUAGGGGUAGAGUUUAAUUUGAUACUAACAGAGUGCUGUAUGACCUGCUGAUUACCGCUUUAUAAGUAGAAUCCAUCGAUAUGCAUUAGAAAGAGCCUUAGAGGUUUAUGCUUUGAGCAUUUACAUGUGUAUCAUGUAUUAAUUAAGAUUUUCAUAGGCUUGAGCUAACACAAAGAUCUGCCUGUCAAUAAAAGUGAACACUUUAUAGUGUGUUUUGCCUUCUUUGAUUUGAAUUCUUGCACAAACCAUGAUUUAAAUGGGAUUCACAGAAGCAUGGCUACGUGCAUGGCUACGCGCUUGUGUCAUUAUUACUGCCAAAAUUUGAUUUAUUUCCGAAUUAAAUAUUGAUGUUCCAAAUGUUCUCCUCUGUUUCACUGAUAGUUGAAAGUGAUGUAGGGUAAUGAUUUUGCUGAAGUGCACAUCAAGCUACUCGUUAAAAGUUUGUUUAGUGUAGUCGUUUUACAGAUAUACUUUCGCAUUACAUUACUUUAUGAUAAUAUGCAAAGCUUUUAUGUCAUUUUCUAUCUUCCUCUUGUGUUGUAAAUCUCUAUUUCCUACUUUCUAUUAAUUGUCAUUCUUUAUGGUUUUGGCUGUAACUUUCUCACAUAGAUUAGAAAAUAAGAAGGCAGAUACUUAGGCAAAUCUGGAUGGUGAAUGCAGAAAGUCAAGAGCUCUACCGAUGUUCUUAGCUAUUUCUGUUGCUUAUCAUUCUAUUCCUGUUUCUGCAACAAUCAGUAUGAAAUGUAUCAUUGUUUUGAUCAUGAACAAAAAACGUAUGACUAAUUUGUAAUAAAUUAUAUGUAUAUUAUGAUUUUUUUUCUCAAUUUGUAUCACUUUUUAAAAUUGUUUUCCCUCUAUCUUGCCAUGUUCAGUACAUGUCCAGAGUAAGUAAUGAUUGUUAAAUGAGUGCUUAGAGCAUAGUACUGAAGAAAGACUUCUCGUUAUUAGACUGAAGUCUCUACUUUUCUGGCCCCAUAUGAUUUGUAUGUGUUUCAUGCAAUAGUGUUGGAGCAAUGUGUACAUUAACAAAUUUAAGUUAAAUUUGAAUGAAUAGCUUCUUGUUUUCCUUAAUGUUGUACAUAUUUUUUAUUCCAUAUGUGACUGUUAUGUCACUUUUCUUUUGUAUCAUUAUAAAAAUGAUCUUAAUGUUUUGUACAUGUUAUUUUUAGGUGUAAUGAAUAUCAGAAGUUUAGAUAUGAAUGUGUUUGUCCAUUAGGUUACUAGGUAAUAUUCUUAGUAUUUGUUGUGUUAAUAGUUGAUACUAACAUCUUAAUGUACCUGACCAUCCGGCAUGGUCACUCCCCGAACUGACCAGUGGUCACCAGCGGUCAAGUAUAACACACAACCCUAUUGCUCUUGUAAGAUUGAGAAUUUUCAAUAAUGAGUAUUUUACCUCAGUCAAAUGGGGUAACUGAGCUACUCAGUUGGAUGGGGUUUUAUACUGAGUUGUAAUAAAUACUCUCUAAUACUGAAAGCCCUACCAUGCACAUGAUACAUUUUCAUUAGUUCUGAUCAUGACAGAAAAUGAAACUUCGUAGAAUCCAAUUAAAGUUAUAAUAAAUGUUCAAGACUGCCAAGUACAUGAUAUUUCCUCAAUGGCUCUUGUCUAAAGAAGGUGUCUGAUAGCAGAGUAACGAGCAAAGAAAGAUGAUUAAAUUAAUCAAGUAUAGUAUCAACCACAUGCAUCAAACAUGAUAUGUGGUAAUAGGAGUUGUGAUUUUCAUUAGGUUGCGGUUAAUAUGUAUUUAUUGCAUGAUAAACAAUUCAGAAUUACUUUGAAUUAUUUUAACCAAGUUUCCCUCGAAAUGCAAUUCCACUACCAGGACUUACAUUCUGAAAUUUCUUGUAAGACUCUGUAUCUCUUUAAUAACUCCUAUAUGCAUAAAAUGCAAAGUUGGGAUUUUUGGAUUUUGUUUAUACCACCACAUUUCUCUUCGUAAUAUAAUUUUGAGUGGUAUGUAUGUCAUUGUGUAAUAAUUCCACCAAGUGGGAUAUUACAUGUAGUAUAUAUAUGGUUGUAUAAUAAUUGCUUUGUUUUGUAAAAUAUUUUGUUGUUUUAUUUCUAUUCCUACAUCUCCAGAUUUGUAAAGCUGAUUAGUUAAAAUAUGAUUACAAACACUUUGGAGACCUUCUGUAUUUCUUUUUCUCAAACAGUUCUGUUAGAAAUGCUUUUCUUGCUUUAAUAUACCAGUUGUGAAAAGGUAAUCACAGUUUUAUACAAACUUGAAUUCCUUGUGUAAUAAUUGGAACUAUGCUUGUAUAUACCGUAAUCUCAAUCUUUUACAGGAUUUGCAUUUGGCUUUUUACAGAACAGAAGUGUAAGACAGUGAUUAAGUGUAAAACUAAAUAAUCCCUCAACAUCCUUUCCAUAAAAAUGGGGAAAGGGUCAAGGCUUACACAAUAUGGGCUUACAUCCCACUAUUAAAAAGGCUCUGAUACCUACUCUAGAUCUUGGGUAUGUUAAUAAAUGAUUGGUCCAAUGUCCCACUACACCCCCCCCCCCCCCCACUCUCACACACACAACAUCAAGUUUUAUGCUAUUCACUUUGUCAAUAAAAUUCUCACCAGUAUACUUAUGUGUACUCCUAUCUUAUAGAUGGCUUCAUAAUAUAUGCUUCUGUAUUGAUACAUAACCAGUGACAUAUUUGCUGGUAGGUUACGAUCUUGUUCAACAAUGCAUGAACACAUGGGAUAUUGGUCUGGAAGUAUGUCUUUCAAUUUUGGAAAGGAAUAAAUAUGAAUAAUUUUGAUUUUGUGGUUUCAUGAAAAUAAUGAAUAGAAUAAUAGAAAGAAAGCCAUACGUGGCUAUGUCUUGUACUCUUGUAUUAAACAUUGUUUGUACUCUUCUGUUUUUCAAAGUCCCUUGCUCCUCUCCAUUCAUAAUUUAUACUGAAUCAUGAGUAAAAAAAAUAGUAGAUAAUUACAUUGUAGAUUAUAAUUAUACAUACAGAUGUCCUUUAUAGAUAAAGUUGUCCUUUGUUUUGAAUGUUAUGAAAUGAAAUUCUGUAAUUCGAUUUUUGUAAAACUUGUGAAAUUGUAAAUUUGUUUUUAGUGUAGUUAUAAUAUAUAUAUCUGUCAUUUUUACCAAAAGGAUUUUAGAAUCAAGAUGGAAUAGCCAAUUUUAGUCCUGUGUGUGUCAUGUAGACAGGAACGUGAUGUAUUUUUUAUCAAAAUAUGAAAUGUGGACAAUAAUGAUAGAAGUGAGUGUACUGGGCCUCGUGCUCGGUAUGUUAUGAGCAAUUAAAUGGUGCUGUUGGAAAUUUUAAA